CGACUGUGGAGUGGAGGAUGUGUCUGGAAGAGGGACAGAGGAAGGCUGGAGGAAGGCAGCUCAGCUGCUAUGUACCCUCUCUUCUCUUCCCCCUGUUUUCUCUCUCCGCAUGUACUGCGUGCCCUCAGCGAAGGGCUCCUUCUUCACACACGAGAAGACGACAGCUGAACUCUGACGAACCUGAACCUAAAUGUCACAAGGCAACAAGAAUGGCUGUGACAAUCAAGAAGAAUUCCCGGCAGCAGGUGAGGAGGUUUGGCCGGAAUUGGAGCGGGCGGAGUGCUUGGCACGGGGCGCAGCUCUCAAAUGGGCUUCGGGUGUGUUCUGCCGUCCUGAACACCUCGAGAGUCUUGCACACUACAGGAAGAGGGAGAGUCAAAGAACAGCAUGCAUAAACUCUAGGUUGAAGUCAGUUGUCCAGUCCUAUCUAGAAGGUGUAGACUGGGGACUGGGACAGCUCCGAGAGGCUCGUGCCGAGUUAAAAGAAGUGUCUCACGCUAUGAAAUUGGUGAGACUCGAAUCCAGUAAGAAUGCUGAAAGCAUUGACGCAGUGGACACGCUGAGAGAGACGUCCGUCAAUCACUGUCAACUGCAGGCUGUUGUCACUAACCUGCCACACCUCCACUCCGUGAAGAGCAUGGUUUUGGAAACUGAGCGCCUUGUGGAGUCACGCCGGUUGCUGGAAGCUCACGCUUGCCUUAUGGAGCUGGAACACUGGCAAGAUAAGGUUCUUCUUCAGCUCCAUGAAUUCAGAGGAUCCUCCCAGACCUUGCUGAGCCAUGAAGAUGAUGCACUGGUGCAGAAUUAUUUUUCUGGUGUGGGGCGGCUUGUAGAGGCACUUGCUAAAGAGCUGUGGGCAGUGGUGGGGAGCGGACUGACUCUCUCCCUGCAGAACCCCACGCCAUUCGUGUCGGCAGUACGCAUUGUGGAGCGCGAGGAAGCGCUUGAUCACUACUUCCUCGAGGAGAGGCAGUGUGGAUCAGGUGUAAGGCAUGGCAGGCCCAUGCCCCCAGGAAGGCCUCGCUGCUGGAGAGAACGCUUCUUUAAGGUGUUGGAGGAGGCCGUGGCCGCUCGUUUCCGCAGUGCAUCAUACUUACACACUCGAGGCCCCGGACUCGCGGGCCACCUUUCAGCACUACAGCAUAGCAUCAUGGGAGAUUUGUCUACAGUGCGCAACCUGCUGGAGCAGUGUGUUCCUCCACAUUACCACCUCACCAAAGCGUAUCUACGUGCAUGCCACCGCUGCCUGCAGGUCCACCUAGGACAAAUCAUUGGUUGGGAGUUGCAGAGUGGGGAGAUCUUUGCAGUCCUGAACUGGGUUCUUCACAUUUACAACAGUUCAGAAAUGAUAGGCGACCCAAGCCUUGCUGCACAUCUGGACCUGGAAGAGAUGGGCCCUCUGAUAUCUCAGGGCGGUUUGGAACAACUGCAGAACAAAUAUGUUCAGUGUGUUCGGAAAAGCCUCUCGGAAUGGAUGCAAAAGGCGCUGGAGGUCGAGCUUACAGACUGGCAAAGGGAUCAGGAGCCUGAUAUUGACCACGAGGGCUGUUACCAUACCAGCCUUCCUACAAUCAUCACUCAGAUGUUAGAGGAGAAUGCAAGGGUGGCUUUGAUGAUCAGUGAAAGUCUGCGGGAUCAGACAAUCCAGAUGGGUCUGUAUGAAAUGGAGACCCUUCUUACCAGAUUUCGAGACGCUAUCAUUGAUUUCGGUAAGGAGCAUCGAAAGGAUUUGACAUCAAACAACACCAAGUUCUACCUCCAUUACCUCCUGGCCUGCAUAAGCAACUGCAUUAUCCUCAAGACGUCCACAGAAACCCUUCAUCAGCAGGUUAGCUCUCGUCAAUCAGUGCGCUUUUCCCGGAUUCCCCCCGGGCCACUGGCUUCUCUAGACCGCGCUGUGAGAAAAGCGUGUCGACUCGUGAUGGACAAGCUGCUCCUGGAUCUUCAGCCCUACUUGCAGGGGCUCCUGUCACGUUCCUGGCUGGUCCAGGGUGAUGUCAUCCCUAAAAUGUGUGGCAUCCUGGAGCGCCACUGCGAACUGUACGUCCGGGUGCGCUCACCUUGCAGAGAGCGGCUGCAGGAGGAGUGCCAGUGGCUGACAGUGGUGGAGUAUGUACGUGCUCUGAUGCAGAAGAAGCUGAUCUGCCGGAGCGAUGAGGAGAGGCAGUUGUUAGCACAGCAGAUGGUCCAGGAUGCCCAGCAGCUCAGGGAGCACUUCCAGAGCUUGGAGGUCGAUGGGACUGUCAGCGAGGUGAAUCCUACAGAUCUGAUCCCUGUGCUGGCCGAUCUGAUCAAGCUAAAAGAUCCUGGUAUGCUAACCCUUGAGGUGUCUGGACUGAUAUCAAAGUACCCUGACAUCAGUGAGGACCAUGUCUCGGUGCUGCUGGAUGUACGUGGAGACGUUCCGCGAGACGUGAGAGGGACGGUGCUGUGUUUACUAGAACAGAGCUCGCCGCCAUUGCCACCAGGAUACCGCCCAAUCUUCCCAGACAUUCUUGUGCCUCCUUCCAGCAUGCCUUUCUGCUUGCCUACAGCCAAGUGUGCUUGAUGAUAUCUCUCCAUGGACUCACACCAUCCUGUCCAGCCAGAGCAAACAGGAAUCAACCCGGCGUCAACGCUAAAUUUAGCAACUUCCUUUCCUCACUGACCUCUGACUAGUGGAAGCUUAGCAUAAGUUCUGUACUUAAAUGUGCAGGAUUGUCAGAGAGGAACUGUUGAUUCCAGGCACAAGAUCCACAACUUUUCCACUGAACUUCUUGGUAUUAUUUGGGGUUGAAAUAUGUCUGAAAAUAUACAUGUGCAUUUGGAGAUUGGUGAAAUUGGCAUUGAUCAAAUAUCUUGUGUAGAAACAAGAACAGGAGUUUGAGAACCCAGAGAGGAAUUGCUGUAGGUUAUUUUAUCAGUGUUAACUUGAGGAUUAACUGUGAUACACUGUGCUGUAAUAAAAUCCUUGUUGUAAUGUGUUUUACACAAUAUGUGUAUAUCGUGGCUUAAUGUAUACAAUAAAGGCUUUUUAGAUUAUA